AAAACCCUAAACUACACCAACAAACUAAAAAACUAGUCAUUUCUGUAACAAAUUUAUUAAAAAUGUCAGGAGUUUGGGUAUUCAAAAACAAUGGAGUCUUUACGCUGGAGAAUCCUGGAGCUGAAGAGGGGAGAAGUGUCUCGUCGAGAAGAAAUAAGGUUUUGGUGCACUUGCCGAGCGGUAAAGCUGUAACAUCGUACUCUUGUCUGGAGCAAAUCCUGAGAGGUUUAGGGUGGGAGAGGUAUUACGGAGGAGACUCCGAUCUCCUCCAGUUCCACAAGCGCUCUUCCAUUGACCUAAUCUCUCUUCCAUGGGAUUUCUCGAGGUUCAGUUCUGUUUACAUGUACGAUAUAGUGAUCAAGAACCCUCAUGUCUUCCAUGUCCGUGAUAUGUAACCAACCUAGUUACGUAACCGUGUCUGUAUAAUAAUGCUUGGAAUUUGGAUUGCUCUUAAUAAUUUGUUCUGUAAUAGUGUGAAGUCAACUAGCCAGCAACCAGGCUGGGAUCAGAAAUUUUAUUAUAUAUAACAAUAAAGUGGAAGCUGUACUAAAAUCUCCUAGCUGCAAUCUGCAUCUUUAUAUUUGUGUUCUUUAAUAGUAAUGGUUUGUUGAAUUGAAGUGUUAAUUUUUGCA